AUGGACUUGCCUGCCAUUCUUUUCGCCAUUGCCAUCCUAUUAGCAACUUGUCUGAGUUGCCUUGCAUACAUACCCCCCAAUCCAAACCCAAGCGGCCCGAAAGCAAAGGACAGAGCCUCCAUUCUCACCAGCAGUCUCUUUCUUUUACCUUGGCUAGCUACUACCACGUCCAUCGGCGCCUACCAUUCAUAUCUCGUUCUCUUUCCGCCUACCAUUUCAACAAUCCUCUGUACCUACCACGAUCGCCUCAACCCUUCCCUCUUCACUUGGAACCUCCACACCAUCCUCUGCCUCGUCUGCAUCCUAAUUUUUGCGUCGUUACGGCUCCUCUCCUUCACGCACUUGGGUCCUAACUUCACGUAUCGCAUCGCGCCCCCUAAAAAGCUCAUCACCACGGGAAUCUACCAUUACGUUCAGCAUCCUAGUUAUACCGCCCUGAUUGGGGUCGUCGUUGCUAAUGGCUUGCUGUUGGACAGACCAGAUGGUAUACCUGCGUGCUGGUUAGGGAAUACCUGGAUAGAGAGCCAUGCAUGGAUGAUUAUAGGAAGUGGCGUGGUCGUUGGGAUGGGUCUCUUGAUGAUCAGGAUUCGAGACGAGGAGCAGAUGUUAGAAGAUUCAUUUGGGAAGGAAUGGGAAGUGUGGCAUGCAAAGACUGCGAGGUUUAUUCCUGGUGUGUUUGAAUGGCUAUAG